AUGUCAUCAUUCCCUCAUCUUAUCACCACUAAGCUGACUACUGAUAAUUUCCCACUUUGGAAAGUUCAGAUUACAGCUUACCUCCAAGGUCAGGACCUAUAUCAAUACAUCGAUGGCACACUUGUCACUCCACCCGAAACCAUUUCCACUACCGAUGCUGAUGUGUUCUCCCCUAAUCCAGCUUUUGCCUCUUGGAAGAAAACGGACAAAUUAGUUCUUAGUAUCCUUUUCUCUUCCAUCUCUGAAAUAGGACUGGGUCAUGUCCUCUCUUCCAAGAACUCUCGUGCUUUAUGGCAAGCCCUUCACUCUUUGUUUUCCCAUCAAUCUCAGGCCAAGCAGUUCCAAUCCGCUAGCUCACCAAAUAUUGAGUCCAGCUCCCAACCCAGUACACCUAUUUCUUCACAGGUCCACCUUCCACUUUUUCCUCAAUCAAUUCUUGGCCCUGGCCCAAGCCCAACCUCUAAUCAGCCUUUGACAGUCUCUUCCAUACUCGAUACCUUUGAAAUCACCAAUCCCUUUCAAAUACCUAACUCUGCAACUCUCAAUUCCUCUGAAAACCCCAUUGUCAUCCCUCCUCGUUCUCCUAUAAUGACCCGUUCACACACUAACUCCUCACGUCCUCGUGUUCGUAUGGAUGGUACCAUUCCAUAUCCUUCUCGAGCUUGUUUUAGCACCACGUUCCAGUCCCUAAAAAUCCCAACUCUUACUCUAUAG